UUGGACAAAAGAUUGGAAAAUAUUGAAAUCAAAUCAAAACAUUGAUCAUUUUGCAUCUCAAAUUAAUUGAUUAAUCGUCUAAAUAGUAUUUAAAUUUGUUAAUUAUUUGCCUGAAAUGUGGAUAAAAGUGUUUUAAUGAGAGGCCGAGAUCCCUGUGGUGAUAUAAGGAUGAGCAAACUAUCAUUCAGGGCUCGUGCCCUGGACAGCAGCAAAAUGAUGCCCGUCUUUAGGUCUGAGGAGAUUCCAGAUUUGCCGGAUUUUGCGGCUAUUAACAGAUCUGUACCUCAAAUGCCCACUGGCAUGGAAAAAGAGGAGGAAUGUGAACAUCAUUUGCAGCGAGCCAUAUCUGCUCAACAAGCUUUCGGUCAUACGGGGGAACUUGUGAUACCUACACCCGAAGUAUUUAAAGCUCCAGAUGAUUUUUAUAAUGCCCUUUAUCCAACAGAUUUCAAGCUUCCCAGGCAGCUAAUUCACGUUGCACCAUUUGAUUUUGAACAAGAAGUUCCUGGUUAUGAUUUAGAUUCUGAAGAUGAAACCUGGUUAGGACAACAGAAAGAUUUAUCCGAUUUAACACCUUUAAAAUUUGAAGAAAUGAUGGAUAAAUUGGAAAAAAGUUCGGGACAACAAGUUGUUCUAAUAGACGAGGCUAAACUUUUGCUCAAAGAAAGAGAUGAUCUGAUUACCGCAGUUUACGAUUAUUGGGUUGACAAAAGAUUACGAACUCAACAAUCUUUAAUACCAUUAGUUAAAACGGAGAAACGCGAUGGAACAACAAAUAAUAGUCCAUAUGUAGCGUUUCGAAGGAGAACAGAGAAAAUGCAAACUCGAAAAAAUCGUAAAAAUGAUGAAGUAUCAUAUGAGAAGAUGCUUAAACUUAGAAGGGAUAUCAGUAGGGCUGUAGAUUUAUUAUCACUAGUAAAACACCGGGAGAAGUUGAAAAACGAGCAUCUUCAACUAACUUUAGAUAUUUUCAAGAAAAGGUACGAGAUGGGUGAUUAUUCUGGUCAAGUUUUAGCAGAAGUUUCCGCUUUACGGCUGAUAAAACCUUCUUCUACCUAUUUACCUUUUAAUAGCUUUUCAGGAAUGUUAAAACAAGGAGAUAAGAUUCGUUCUAAAAUUGAUGAAACUCUCCAACCACCCCGACGGAAACGUGAAUACCGUCGGCGACAUAAGCAGGGAGCUGCUCUUGUCCAAAAAACUAAAUCGACUGAAUCAACUGAAUUUAUUUACACUUCAGACGAUGAGAUUUUAAAUGGAAGUCAAUCACAACCAACAUCAGAUCAAGAAGACGAAGAUCCCGAUGGUCCUUAUGCCUUCAAAAGGCAGAAAGGAUGUUCAUAUCAUGCUCCUCUUAUUGAACAAAAAGGCAAUUGGCCUUGGUGUAGUUCUGAUGAAGGAGGAUUAGGUGAUAAACGGUACAGGUUUUGUCUCACAUCAAUUAAUAUUGGACUUAAUCAACGUUGCAUCGGAUUUUCUAGAAGAAGAGUUGGGAGGGGAGGAAGAAUAAUUUUUGAUCGUGCUUGGACACCUAUGGAUAAAUAUUGGUCAAAAUUAGAUUCUAAUCAGGAGGAUGAAGAAGAAGAUGAUGAAUUAGUGAAUGUAAUAAAAAAAGAUUGGAUACAUUAUCGUCCGAAAACAUCUCCACAAAGUUGUAUAAAUGAAGAAGUUUAUCAAGAACCGGAAACAAUUUACGAUGAACACGGUAAUCCAAUACCCAUAGUGAAUAUUGACCUUCCAACCUAUUUUGAUGAAAAUGUUGAAUCCUUUUCGUCAACCAAUAAGCCAAAUAAUGAAACUUUGGACAUAGAAAGUUUUAAUAACCAUCAAAAAGAGCUUUUUGAAAUGCAAAGGAAACAAUUGGAGAGAUUAAAAGAAAAGGAGGAAAUCAAGAUUACCAAUAACUGCGACACUAAUUUAUACCCGUGCAAUGUUUCACCUGAACAUUCCUUUUCGCCAUCAAUAAUUAACAACAAUCAAUUUUCAUCAAUGAUCUCCUUUUCAUCAUCCGAGACGAUAAGCACAACACAAGCACCAAUAAUAACAACAACAUUAACGUCAAAUCCAAAACAAAACAUCAUCAUUAAUAAUGACAACACCAUAAAUUCAAUAACAACAACACCAAUAUCAACUUCAACUCAGUUACUAACAACAUCAGUAACACCAACACCAACACCAACAACAAUAACAACCACAACAACAACAACAACAACAACAGAAUCAGCAACAACACCAACUACAAAUAACACUAAUCAUAUUCAAUCAAAUGAUGCUGAUUCAAUUAGUAACACUGAUACUAAUACAACUAAUUCAAUCUCAACGAUACCUCAACCAUCAACCUUAGAUUCAGCGAGUGUUAAUUUUGCUCUACGUGCAGUUGUUGAUUCAGUGUUUUGAAAUGAAACAAAAAAUGGAUUAAUUUCUAUUCGUUAGCAAAGUUUUGUUUUCAAGGCUCAUGGAUCAUCUUUACGAGUGAAAUUUAAUUGUAAAAGAAAAGCUACAAAUACUCUAUUAAUUAAAAAAGUAAAAAAAAUGGUAAAAAAACAAAAAAAUCCAAAACAAAAGCAAAAAAGCAGAGCAAAAAAAGAAGAAAAAAAUUCUAACCAACAAAAAACCUUCACUUUCUCGAGUUAUUUCUAGCAAAUCAACAACGAAUUUCAUCAAGUAACAUCAUUGAUCAUCAUUCUCAUCGUUCAUCUUUGUCUCUUUUCUUCAUCAUAGUCGCAAUUCAUCUUCAUGCAUCUUCAUCUUCUUUCAGAUAAACGGAUCUCUUCCUUUCAUGUUCUCUUCGUUUCGUCGGACAUACUCUCUGCUUUUCUCAUCAUCAUCAUCGCCAUCUUUUCACUCUUCCUCUCUCUCUAACUCUUUUUGUAAAUGUCUCUUUUUCUCAUAUUCAAAUAUAUCAUCAUCUCAUUUAA